AUGUCCAAAAUACAUAAAUACUUCGAUCGCAAAUAUAAUGACUGGAACAUACUCGAGUUUUUAAAUGAAUGUGAUUUGGAUCCAUUCGAUAGAAAAAUAGAUGAAUAUCUUAAAAGCCUCCAAAAGAUUAAAACGGAGAAAGGAAUGAGAAAAAGAAAAGCAAAUCAACUUAUUGACAGAUACCGUGAGGCACGUAAAGAUUUUUUUAGUAUAUAUAAAAAUAGUGACGUGACAUUGGCCUCUUUGGUUCCUUGUCAUUCAAGGCUCUUUGCUGAGUUACAAACCAAUGUUAGAACUCAAAUAGCCUCUUUGAAUACUAAGCUGGAUCAGAAAAUUGCAAGAUCGUGGGAAAGAGAACGUGUACGCAAACAAGUUCACCUACACCAACUAAUAUACGGAACCGUAAAUGGGACUGUAAAUGGAACAAUAAAUGGGGAAAAAGUUGGAACUAUUAACGAACAAGAGAAUUCUCCACCUAGAAGGACACCGAGAAAGAUAAAAAAGGUUUAUGAUGAUGAAUAUGGUGAAAUCGAUAACCACGAAGAAGAUGAAGACGAGGAUGUCGAUGAAGAUGAGGAUGUCGACGAAGAUGCCGACGAGAAUGAAGGUGAGAAUGUCGAAGGAGAUGAUGACAAAGAUAAGAAGGCCAGGAAGAAAAAGAAGUUGGAGAAAAAGUUGAUUAAGGAUUUUAUUUUGAGAUUUGAGGCGAUAAGUGCAGAUGACAAGUGGAAACUUCCUUCGGGUAGAUUUGUAGAAGAUGUUUUAUUUGAUUGGGCAGUGACUCACCGUUCUGAAACACUCGCGCAUUCUUUUAUAUUGGAUACUGAAUGUCAGGAAGUUAUGGAUCUGUUUAGUUCUGAGGAAAAAGAGACAAUUUUAAAUACUAAUAAAAAGUCUUUUCCGGCCGUACAAGGUGAUAUCAAAAAAUAUGCCAUGAAAUAUUACAAGAAAAAUGUCGGCGAACUUCGACAAAUCGUCAUGGAACCAUAUUUGAAAAACGGGGAGAUCUAUAAUCCAAAGUUACACUAUGAUCUGGAGACAUUGAAGAAACAAGAAUUGGAAAAUCAGAUGGUGGUUCGUAUGCAUCAAAAAUGCGCAAAAACAAAAAAAGAAAUAGGAAAAUCCGUUAUCCGUGGCAGGAAGAUCGACAUAUUACUAAAACUUUGUAAUAGUUCAAGAGAAAUACUAGCUAGUGAGGUUGCUAGAACGGGUGAUAUUCACGAUAAAAAAUAUUUAGGAGAUAGAAUGAAACUAUUAAAACUUAUGAAAGAUAUGAUCGAUUUAAUAAUUGAAUCACUUCCGUCAACUACAAUCGAAAAUUAUGAGAGUCUAUGUACAUUUGGAAUACAACUUUUUAAAAAUAAAGGCGCUAUCUACAUUAUGGAUCGCCCUGGAGGAGUUAUUGCGCGAUUGACUAAGAAAGCACAAUUAGAAACUCCUAUAUAUAUCGAAGGCAUUUGCGAAUUAAUUUUGUCUAUAGUUACAAUGUUGGAAUUGAAGAAUGCAAUUCGAGAGAUCAUCCACAUAAUUGAAAAAAUAGAAAGCGACGAACUCGAGGCCCAAAUCUUUCAAAGAAAUAAUACUGGUGUUCGGUUACCACUUGCAGGAACUACACCAACUCCUCGGACCUCACUUGAUAAAAAAAAAAA